CCACGUUGAAGCUGCCUCAGAAACUGAAAAAGACUAAAGAUGGAGCUAAGAGGAGCGUGUGUUCUGCUGGGGCUGCUGCUGCUGCUGAACAGCUCUGUGCAGCAAAACCCAAUCAAGAAGAAACCAGUCAAGAAAGAUGUGACCAAAGAUUCAGCAAUUGAGAAUCUACAGAAACAGAUCAAUGACAUCGUCCUGGAGAUGAACUUACUAAAGGAGCAACAGGCUCUCCAAACAGUUUGUUUGAAAGGCAUAAAAAUCCUCAACAAGUGCUUUUUGGUUGACUUGGUGAAGAAGAGGUACCACACUGCCAGCGAGGACUGUAACCAAAUGGGAGGGGUCCUGGCCGCACCUCUGUCCAGCUCUGAAAAUGACCAACUUCGGGACUAUGUUCGUCAGAGCUUGGGGCAGGAUCAGCAGAUCUGGUUGGGAAUCAAUGACAUGAUUACAGAGGGGGACUGGAUGGACCAAACAGGGGUGAAAAUCACAUACAAAAACUGGGACAUGUCCAACUAUAGGUCCCCCCAACCAGAUGGAGGUAUGUCCCAAAACUGCGCCGUCCUGUCAGCAGCGUCCAACGGGAAGUGGUUUGACGAAAACUGUCGAGAGGAGAAAGCCUCUGUCUGUCAGUUUAACAUUGUCUGAAAAUAUUUGGGGUCAAGAGUUGUACAACCGCAUUUUGUAAUAAGACAUAGUUUUACAAUGUAAAAAAAUCUGUUAUUUUUGUAAUUAAAUCAAAAUUUAAUUUGCUGAAUUUUGUAAUAAACUUUGUCAACAAAUUAUCUAUUGCAUUUUGAGUAAUUCAUAUUGAAAAAAAUAUUACAAAGUGCAGUUUUAUGACUAGAACUGAACUAGAUCAGUGUAAUGAUACUAAAAUGUUAAAGUCAAAACCACAAUAGACAAUACAAUGUCAUUUUUAACAUGAAAUAUUUGUAGUUUCUUUUAUAUUGACAUGUGGACCAAUAUCGAUGAAGACCUUUCUAAAAGAGGUUAUGAAACAUCCAAUUUGCUCUGUGAUUUUUGAUUUUUUGGCAUUGCCAAAAUUUUCAAUACUUGUUUUAGUAUCAUUUGGUAAUAGUAUGUGAAAAAUUAGAAUACAUUUAGGAAGUUUUGUUACAUAAUCUAACAUUAUUACAAAAUGUGGUUGCACAACAAUGAGUUCACACCAGAGGCUAAAGUGUCCAGGAAAAUUCAUAGUCUAUCAAGCUCAAUUACAGAGAAUUAGAUACUGUAUUACAGGAUAGUAUUAUGUGUAACCUGCUAAUAUAUGUGUAUGUUGACGAUUUAAACAAGUGAUUCAAGAUUUUAUAUGAUUGCAAUUACAAAAGACGCAAUUCUCAAACCACUUUUGCCUUUAGUGAAGUCAAGGUCUUAUUUAUUCUCCACUUAAUGCAGUUCUAGCACUUUCUGUACUCUUCACUAAUUUGGCUGACGUUGUUUCAAAGCAAUUGUUUUAAAGUUGAAACCAAAGUGAACUGUCUAAAUGUCACUAUGAUUUAUAUAAUGAAGAAGUGAGGUGUAAUUUGGUGUCCUUUUGUGGUUGAAGAGUACAGAGCACAUGGUUUGGUCUAGAAGUGUCCUUACUGUUCUUAAGAUUUCUCUUUAAACGCUUGAUUAAAAAAUUUAAACUGUCUGCAGUGCCAAGUGUGUUAAGAUGUUGGCAUCUUUCACAACUGGGAUUAAAAGUAAAAUAAUCCACAGUACAAAUCCAAAAACUAAAAAACUGAAUAUUGACAAUUUUCUUAUAUUAAGAAAAUGCUACACAAUUUGGAAUGUUUCAUCUCUCCAGUCCAAACAUUUACCAAAACAAUAUUACUGCUUUAGUAACAAAAUCAAACUAAAAGUUCUGAAAAAUGUAGACAUCUCAGAAAUAUCCCAGUUUGGCAAAUCUAAAAGUACUCUUGUUAAAAUAUAUGUAUUUAUUAGUUGCAUGGAGUCAACAACUCAUCUCAGUUCAAUCUUAUGCUAUGCUUUUUAUGUACUUUUCAGUGUUUUCUCAAUAAACUCUAUAAAAG